AUGGUCAAUCAUGAGGUAGAGAAAGAAAAGUUGAAUUCUAAAUUCACAAAGCGCGACUUUGAUGGAUUGCUAGAGGCAUCUACCUCGCACAGUUCGCCAUUGGCUGUGAUUGCUCACAUAGAUUUGGAUGCGUUUUAUGCUCAGUGCGAACAGGUUAGAUUGGGCCUCACCAAGGAGCAUCCUGUGGUAUGUAGACAGUGGAAUUCCCUCAUUGCUGUAAGCUAUGCUGCUCGCAAAUAUGGAGUAUCCCGUAUGCAAACCAUCGAGGAUGCGCGUAAGCUCUGCCCUGAUCUUAUCUUUCCCCAUGUUGCAACUUUCAAGAAAGGCGAGACAACUUGGAAUUAUUACGAAGACCCAGAUGUGGAGAAUCACAAGGUUAGCUUGGAUCCCUUCCGUAGAGAAAGUAGAAAGAUAUUUGCAAUAUUCAAAUCGUACUGUGACGUGAUAGAAAAAGCAGGCAUAGAUGAAACAUUUCUGGAUCUAGGUAAGCUAGUACGUGAGAAGGCAAUAGACCUUUUCCCAAAGCAAUUUGAAACGGUAGCGAAAAUGAAUCCCACAGACCAUCUUCCGCUUCCACCUGAAAUCAUCCCUAGUGACUUGAAGUGGUAUGGUCAUGUAUUCAAAGGAGAUAAUGAAACGCCAGAAGAAUCAGAUGCGGUGGGCCAAAUUCAGAAGAACCCAUAUCACUCUCAAACACCGUCGUCGGUUCCGAAGGACUGGGACGAUAUCUUAUUAAUGAUCGGAUCUUCUAUUGUCGAUGAAAUAAGACGUGAUGUUUUUGCUAGACACAAGUAUACUUGUUCUGCAGGAAUAUCUCGUAACAAAAUAUUAGCUAAAUUAGGGAGUCCGAGAAACAAACCAAAUGGUCAAACAGUAAUAAAAACUUCGGAAAUAAUCAAUUUCAUGUCUUCUUGUGAGUUCACAGAUAUGUGGGGCCUGGGAGGAAGAUUUGGUGACGAGGUUACUAAAAAGCUAGGGGUUCCGGAUACGGGUUCAAUUCAGUAUCUUCUAAACAUACCCAUAGAAACAAUAAAGAGGAAGACGGAUGCAUCAAUUGGCGAAAGGAUCUAUAACUUAGUUCGAGGGCAAGUAUCGUCAGAGGUGGUUACUAGGAUAAAUAUUAAAUCUAUGCAGUCAGUAAAACAGUUCGGUAGUAAGCCUCUUAAAACUUUGGAUGACUGCAAAGACUGGAUAAAAGUAUUCGCUGCGGACAUUGCUGGAAGGAUAGUAGAAUUAGACGAAGAGCAUGGGAACGAUGGUGUCCCGUUAAGGCCGAGGACAGUGUCUCUACAGCAAGGAACUCAUAAGCCUAUAGCAGUAACUCGAAGGAAACAAGCACAGUUUUUAAAACUUUUCAAAGCAUCAACAUUCAAAGAACUCUCAGGUUUAUUAAUCGAAGCUGGAGAGUCCCUUCUCAUGCAGCUUCAAUCAGAGAGUCCAACGUCUUUACUGCCCUCCAGUUCUCUCAGCUUGUCCGUUUCUCAGAUUGUGCCAAUUACUGACAAGGGAUCUCGUACGAUAGAGACAUAUUUCAGAAAAGAUGAUCGUGUGACAUCUAGAAACCAUUCACCUAUAUACAUGUCUCGGAACGCGAUCAAACCAUUACCUCAAAAGAUUAAUUCCAAAGAUUCCGACAUACCUGGAACUGACUCAGUGAGUUCUCUGGCUGAUCGACAAGAAGCGAGUCACAAGGUAACGUUUGAUUCACCUAUGUUUAGACUAGAUGAUGAGUCAGAUGAAGAAUCACUCUUUGUCAGCGAGAAGAUAAAAUGCGAUAAGUGCGGAAACAAAAUAUCAGUGGAUAGUGUAAGUGAACAUAUUGACUGGCACUUUGCAAUGGAUCUUCAACAGCAGGAAGAGCUGAAGCACAUGACGAAUCAUCUAAAGGCGAAGCAACCUUCUAUUGGAGCUUCUUCUCCUCGAAGGGACGUUGUUAAACAAAAGGCCAGCUCUCACCAAAGUGGUAGGAUUGCGAAGAAACCUAAAACAGUGAAGAACCGGACCGUUCUGGACUUUUUCCAGCGAGCACCAAAAACUGAUGGCGCUAAUAAGAAUAUUUAA